CAUUUUCAUAAGUGUUUAUUGUUUCACUGUCUAGGGCCUCAUUACAUAAUAGUCAUAGAAUUAUUAUUAAAGAAUGAAGUUUGAGAUGACGGGGAUGUAACCAGAAAUUUGUUUAGAAAGGUUUGGUUGUGGUAAGGAUUAGUGUGCAGCCCUUAAUGUAUAUAUACUUAACAUGAAAAAAGUAUUUUAAGCAAUAGUUCUUAAGAUAAAAAGAAGGGUAUUUUUUUAGGAGAGCCUGAGUACUCAAAAUGUCUAGUUUUAAGUACAGUCAAACCUCCAUCUAUCGAACUCGCAUGUAUCGAUUGUCCGUGUUUAUCGUAUACUUUCUACGGUCCCGGCAAAAUUGCCAUACAACUAAGGUUAAAAAAGUCCGCUUGUACCGAUGUUCGAAUUAUCGUUUUGUCUGCAUUCAUCGUACAAAAUAUGUGGUCCCGUCACUAUAAAUUAUAAUAGAUGAUCGUUUAACCUUAGAUUUUGCAGAAAUAACCAUUUCUUAUAAAGAAACCGUCAUAAAAACAGUAACGAUAGUAUACAAUGGUAAAUAUCACCUUGAAUCUGCAGCCAAGUAAUGGAGCACGUAAAUAUGAAGAAAAGACAAAUGAACAACUUACGAAGAAAUAUGGAUGAUGUACCAUAACUACAGUACAAACCCAAUUGUUAUCCUAAGAUAAUUACCAUAAAAGGAACUAAAGAUUCUUUGUCUAUACCAUAAUUACUACAGAAGCACGAUAGCUACCACAUUUGCACUACAGUUACCGUAACAACCGAGAUGUCUAUUUACCGUGACGGUGAUGUAUUUAUUUAUGACAUAUUAAAAUUAAAGAACAUUAUUGAAAAAAGGGAUGUUAAAUUUAAAUAUGUACGUUUGGCACAUGUUGCGAAGAAAUAAUGCGAUCUGAAAGAAUGCAGUACUACUACGAAAACUGAAAAGGGUACUCGUGGAUUUUUAGGUUAUGGCAGUCUCUCUCGUUUUUCAGUAAUAUCGGCCGAAAAUUAACAAGCGUAUCGGAAGUCGGCAGAAAUGCUGAUUCAAUUAAAUAUUGGCAAAAUCGGCUUCUUCAGUACAGCUCUACAUUUGAUGACAUGAGUAAACAUAUUUCAGACUUCAGGAUAUUGAAAAUGACUAAUUUCCAUGUAGAUUUAUUGUGUUUAUGUUUUUUUUUUGCAAGUGUAAAUUGAAUUAAGUAAAAUACCUCCAUUUUUAUUUAUUUUUCAACUGAUUUAACUUUAAAGACAAGUAACUGAUAUAUUUCUGACACUAAUUUUGAGGUUGAAAUAUUUUUUAAAAAUUCUUAGGUUGAAGUCCACAUCUAUUGAAUGUCCGCAUCUACUGAAUUUUUUUGUUGGUCCCCUGAAAAACGAUAGAUAGAGGUUUGACUGUACUCAACUGGAGCCUAAUUUUAAAGCUUGAAAAAUUCUGUUAGUUUACUGUUUGGUCCAGGAAAAUAAUAAAAUGCUAUUGAAACAUCACUAAUACAAACCAGGAGUAUUCUAGAAUUAUAUACAUACCAAGGAAUUGUGAAAUUUGUACAAUUCAGUACAGCAGGAAAUGUGAUUGGUUGAUGCAGAACUGGUUACAAAGGGAGAGCCAGCCUGAGUUUCAGGCAGAAACAGCAAGUUGUUCUCUGACCAGUCCCGAGAAGGGUUCGGCAAGAAGCCAGCUGGGCUUCAGGAAGGGACAGAUUGAGAAUGGCAUACAGUCACAGCAGAAUGUAAAUCUUAGCCCCAGGCAGUCAAGAUUCCCUGCUUUGGAUGAUUUUGCUAGCACACAAACAACUAGGAGCAGCAGGCUUUCAAAUGUCCCUGCAAGAAACGACUUGGACAGCGUGCAGGAUUAUAAGUUUUCGGAUAUGAAAGAAAGCUCAGCUAACCAAUACCCAAAUGAUGGUAGUAUGAGUAAUGAGCAUGGUGAUUUCACUAACAAACAGAAUCGAAGUAGGAAAAAUAAUUGGGAUAAUAACGAAAUGAGGAUUGACAGCCAUCCAAGCGGAGGCCAGAAUCGGAGGGGAAUGGAUGGUGGGGACAAUUGGAAGGAGGCUGAUGUGAAAAACAAUCAUAUUUUGGGGCAAAACCUAAAGUAUAUUCAAGGUGAUUCUGACCGUAGUAAUGAUAAUUUAUUCAAACGUGGUGGUGGUAAAAAAAAUGUUAGCCAACGUGAUGUUGAUAUUGGAAGAAAUUCAAACCAGGAUGAUAGUGGAAGAAAUGUAAACCAGUACAGUGGGGUUAAAAGUAAUUUUAGUCAACUUAAUGAUGAUAGAAAGAGAAUUGUCGGUCAAGAUAAUGGUGACAAUAGGAUAAAUUAUGGUCAGGGUGAUGGUGACAAUCGAAGAGAUUUCUGUCAGGGCAGUGGUGACAGAAAAAAUUUCAAUCAGGGCAGUGGUGACAGGAGAAAUUUGAGCCAGGGCAGUGGUGACAAUAGAAGAAAUUUCUGUCACCGUGAUGGUGUUAAAAAGAAUUUCAGUCAAGAUGGUGAAAAUAGGCGAAAUUUUGGUCAGCAUGAUGGUGAUAAGAACAAAUUUGGUGAUAGGAGUAAUGCACGAAAUGAUAGUUCGGGCAGGAGAACAUUUGGUUCUCGUGACAACAAGCCAUUCUCCGGUGGAAUGAAUGAAAAGAAAGGUAAUGUUUGGAAUGGAAAACAUUCAGAAGGUGCUGCCCAUACAAACUUGGAAGAAAAUGAUGAAUCAUGGGAUGAACCGAUAGAGAAAAAGGUUGAAGAUGGACAGUGUGUUCCUCACAAAAAGAUUGUUGAUGCACAAAGUUUCCCUCAGGAAAAGGUUGAGGGUAUACAACUUGUCUCUGUGGAAAAACUUCAGAAGAUACAUGUGACAGCUACUCUUGAUAGCAAAAUACCACCAUUGGGUGCAUUUACAAGUAAAGAUUUGCCAGCAGAAGUAGCUCAGGUUUUGAUUGUAAUGGCUGAAGGACCACAGACAUUUUUUGUCCAGCGGUUGUCUAAUGGUGAAUCACUGAAAUUGAUUUGUGAAGAAGUGGUGAAAAGUCCGUCCUUACCUCUUGCAAAGCCUGAGAUAGGCAUGCUGUGUGCUGCUAUGUUUGAAGGGGAAUGGUACCGUGCAUGUGUAUUGAGUGUGACCCCUCAGCUGACUGUUAAGUAUGUUGACUACGGCAAUGUCGACAUUUGUGAUCCGUCAGAACUCCACCAGCUCCCGGCAUCAAUUGUGGACUUGCCUCCUGUGGCAGAGAAAAUAGAAGUGGUUGAUGCAUCUCCUGGGCAGUGUUUAAAAUUGUCAGAAGGGGCUGUAAUUUCAAUAAAGCCAAUAGAAAAAGCAAAAAAUGGCAUUCUGAAAGUUACGAUCAUUGAUGGGAAGAGUGCCACAAUGACCAAAAUUGAUGCUAAAACUGAAUCCUCACAAGGAAAUGCCAUUGCACAGGAAGUCCAGCUGACAACUGAUCCUUUACCAACUGAAGAAACAUCACAUCCCACAGCAUCAGUAGCAUCGAUUCCAGCAUCACCACACAUAACUAACUCGAUUGUCUCUCCUUCGCAAGAAGAAACUCUUCCCCAAGUUGCUUCUCUACAACAAGCAGAAAGUGUCUUAUCUACUACUAUUAAUUCGACUAAAGAUGAGUUUAUGAAGGCCAAGAUAACUGUUUUCAACGAUAAGACUGACUACUGGGUCACAUGGGAAAGCGAUUGUGAAAAAUUGGACAGCAUAAUUAUGAAGACACAUGAAAAUGUCACAUCUGUGCCACUAGCUAGUCCCAAAGAAGGGCAAGUAUGUUGUGCAAAAUAUGAUGGUAUAUGGUUUAGAGCCAAAAUUACAAAAACUGAACCAGAGGUUGAAGUCCACUAUUUUGACUAUGGAAAUUCUGAAAUAUGUCCUAUAAAUGAUUUACGAGAACUGCCGGAAGCUGUAAAGGAUUUCCCACCAAUGGCUUUCAGAGUAAAGUUAGCUGAUGGAACACCACCAGAAUACCAUGACAUGUUUCCUGAUUCGGUGCUGAGCAUUAAGAUUGUUGGACAGGAUGACAAUGGAGUAAAGAGGGUGCAAGUGGAAGGUGUGAAGUACGCUGACAUCUUACCUAUUUCUCAGUCUGCCCUUAUCAAGUCUGUUCCAAGUAAUCGGGUAUCUUCACCACAACAAAAUAUGGCAAGUAAUCUUUCAAAGCCAAGUACAAUGUCCACAGAUUGUGAACCAACUGCAAAUCCAGCUGCUAGUGAAGAUGUGAAUAAAUUAAAUGUUCUUUCUAAGGUCUAUGAUGUGUUGAUUGUAUUGGCUGAAGGACCACGGACAUUUUUUGUCCAGCGGUUGUCUAAUGGUGAAUCACUGAAAUUUAUUUGUGAAGAAGUGGUGAAAAGUCCGUCCUUACCUCUUGCAAAACCAGAGAUAGGCAUGCUGUGUGCUGCAAUGUUUGAAGGGGAAUGGUACCGUGCAUGUGUUUUGAGUGUUACCCCUCAGCUGACUGUUCAGUAUGUUGACUACGGCAAUGUCGACAUUUGUGAUCCGUCAGAACUCCACCAGCUCCCGACAUCAAUUGUGGACUUGCCUCCUGUGGCAGAGAAAAUAGAAGUGGUUGAUGCAUCUCCUGGGCAGUGUUUAAAAUUGUCAGAAGGGGCUGUAAUUUCAAUAAAGCCAAUAGAAAAAGCAAAAAAUGGCAUUCUGAAAGUUACUAUAAUUGAUGGAAAGUGUGCCACAAUAACCAAAAUUGAUGGCAAAACUGAAUCCUCACAAGGAAGUGCCAUUGCAGAGGAACAGACCCGGCCCAUAGUUGCAACUUCUCUCCAGGCUGAAAGUCUAUGUGCGGUCCCCGUGUCACCAUCAGAGGUGAACGCUGCAUCUGUUGCCCCAUCGUCAUGUACUGAGGGAGUUCCACCUGUUGCCUCGGCCAUGCAGGCAGAACGCACUUCACCUACUGCGAUCAAGGUGGCAGUAGUGAUGAAAGAAAAAUCAAAUGCAUAUUUUGUGCAGCGUGUUGCAAACAAUGAUACGUUAAGAAUGAUUUGUGAAGAAGUGGUCAAAAGUCCAUCAUUGCCACUGAUAGAACCUGAAGUGGGAAAGCUGUGUGCUUCCAUGUUUGAAGGCGAAUGGUACCGUGCAAAGAUACUGAUGUUGGAUCCUAACCUGGCUGUUCAAUAUAUUGACUAUGGAAAUGUUGAUAUUUGUGAUCCUACAACAUUGCACGAGUUAUCACCGUCAAUUCUAAGCUUACCACCAAUGGCAGAAAAGAUUGAGUUUGUGGAUGAAAUACCUGUAUUGUCAGAUGAUGCGAUUAUUUCCAUAAUACGAACAGGAGAAACUGAGAAAGGUGUUAUGAAAGUGAGGCUUGAUGGUGGGAAGAAAGCAGCUGUGUCAAUAGUUGCCACUGCAGAUGAGUCUUUGCAAGGCAAUGCUGCUGCUAAAGAUGCUCAGCUGACAACUGAUCCUUUACCGACUGAAGAAACAUCACAUCCCACAGCAUCAGUACCAUCGAUUCCAGCAUCACCACACAUAACUAACUCGAUUGGCUCUCCUUCGCAAGAAGAAACUCUUCCUCAAGUUGCUUCUCUACAACAAGCAGAAAGUGUCUUAUCUACUACUAUUAAUUCGACUAAAGAUGAGUUUAUGAAGGCCAAGAUAACUGUUCUCAACGAUAAGACUGAUUACUGGGUCACAUGGGAAAGCGAUUGUGAAAAAUUGGACAACAUAAUUCUGAAGACACAUGAAAAUGUAACGUCCGUGCCACUAGCAAGUCCCAAAGAAGGCCAAGUAUGUUGUGCAAAAUAUGAUGGUAUAUGGUUUAGAGCCAAAAUUACAAAAACUGAACCAGAGGUGGAAGUCCACUAUUUUGACUAUGGAAAUUCUGAAAUAUGUCCUAUAAAUGAUUUACGAGAACUGCCGGAAGCUGUAAAGGAUUUCCCACCAAUGGCUUUCAGAGUAAAGUUAGCUGAUGGAACACCACCAGAAUACCAUGACAUGCUUCCUGAUUCGGUGCUGAGCAUUAAGAUUGUUGGACAGGAUGACAAUGGAGUAAAGAGGGUGCAAGUGGAAGGUGUGAAGUACGCUGACAUCUUACCUAUGUCUCAGUCUGCCCUUAUCAAGUCUGUUCCAAGUAAUCAGGUAUCUUCUUCACCGCAAGAAAAUAUGGCAAGUAAUCCUUCAAAGCCAAGUACAAAGUCCACAGAUUGUAGACCAACUGCAAAUCCAGCUGCUAGUGAAGACGUGAAUAAAUUAAAUUUUCCUUCUAAGUUCUAUGAUGUGCAGAUAUCCAUGACUUUGGGCGGUAAUGACUACUGGGUGCAGCGAGCUGGUAUGGAUAAGGAGUUGCAAGUAGUCAUGGUGGAAGUAAACGAGCAUGCUUCCAAGGGCAUUAAAACCACGCCUGAAGUUGGCAAGUUAUGUGCGGCCCAAUUCCAGUGUUUCUGGUACCGAGCUAGAAUAACAAAGAUAGCACCUGAAUUAGAAGUACAUUUCAUUGAUUUUGGAAAUACGGAAAUUUGUACCAGUGACAUUCUUGAAUUGCCAUCAUCGGUUAAAAACUUUACUCCAUUGGCACUGAGGAUACAAUUAGCUGAUGGAACUCCGGCCAAGUUCAGCAAUCUGCCAGUAGAUUCUGUAAUCUCUAUAAGGCCUGUUCUGAAGACUACUGAGAACAUUACAGUUGUGCGUGUGGAGGGUGUGGACUAUGGAGAGGGGCUGGAAGAAAAUGUCCAUAAGGAAGUUGCCAGCACAGUAGAAACUCCUCUCGGGAAGAAGCAAGAUCCAGGCAGCAGCAACCCUGAUUUUCAGAAUACCUGUCUUAAGUUCCUAACAACUGAGGGUAACAUUGGAGGAGCACUUCACUUCAUCAAGAAAUAUUCAGGCAGUUACUACACAGUUACGGCUGUCUCAGAUGCUAGCAGAAGUGUUUAUGACCAAUUGAUUGAGCUUCGAAAAUCGGGCAUAGAGUUUCCAGCUGACAAGUCUUUCAGGCCAGUUGCCGGGGAUGUGGUGCUGGCACGGUCACCCUCGCAGGGCGGUCUGUGCCGCGCCCGCGUGGCGUCCGAGAGCAGCGGCACGUACAAGGUUGUGCUCGUGGACGUCGGCAUCAUCGAAAGUGUCACCGAGGUCAGGGAGCUGCCCCCUCACUUGGCGGCCCUGCCGAGGUUCGCGGUCAAGUGUGUGGUCACCAGCUACUACGUCAACGAGGAAGAGUUCCUCGGAAAGUGUGCUAAGAGUGAAGAUGCUUUUAUUUUUCAAGUGAGGUCUGUGAGCAGCAGUCAUGUGACGUGCUUGGUUCUGUCGAUAACCAACUCGCCCCUUUGCUCGGUGGAUCUGAGCGCUUGGGAACCGAGCUCGGAGGAGAUUGGCGUGACACGUGUCGUGCUGCGGGAUGGUGACCCUGUCAGGGUGUCGUUCUACAACGGGCCAGAAGAUGUGCAUGUCUCGUCGCUCGUGCCGGAACAUGUGCAGUUGUUCGCAACCUUCUCGGAGACCUUGCACGCGUAUUGCAUCCAAGCUGGAUUCUUGCAACAGCCGCCACGAGUGGGUGAUGUGCUGGCGUGCAAGUUUGUCGAGGACAACAGGUUCUACAGAUGCGAAGUGCGAUCUGUCACCGGCUCAUUUUGUGACAUUUACUACCUUGACUAUGGAAACUCAGAGUAUGGAGUCAUGUUUAACAAGCUCAAGUACAUUUCUGAGGAUUUGAAAAAGUUUGCAUGCCCAUGCCUACAUGUAAGCCUGAAAGGUGUUGGCAGCUGCAAAAUGACUUUUGAACUGGUGAACUUUAUCAAGAAACUUGUGGAUGAAAAAGUUGUUUUACGAAUGGAAAAACAUCCUGAUGGUGUGGUCUUAUGUACGGAGACUGGUGUCUCCAUCAAUGAGAGAAUUGUUGGAAUUUUGAACAAUGCGAACCCCACUGUUGUGCCGGCUGUUGCAAGUCCACCAAUCAGCUGCAGUGGGAGUAACUUGCAGGCAAAUGCAACCAAUAACAGCGCUGUGGCAGAACCUUGCACAUCGCUUCAGUCUGCUGUCCAGAACCAUUCAUCCUCCAAGGCUGACUCCAACAAAAGUCGUAUCAUGUCAUCUGCACUGAAGCACAGGAAAUUUCCUCUUGGUGAACUAAAAUUACAAAUCUUCAGCAUCCUGAAAGACCUGAGCUUAAUGGCCUGCCCCUUUGACACAAGUGCUGUAGAGGCAACAGACAACCUGACAUUUACCUUAAAUGAUUACUGCUCCAAACUGCCCGCAGAACCGUAUCAUCCACUGGUGGACGAAGUGUGCAUUGCCAAGUUUCAUGCAGAUGGCCAGUGGUAUAGAGCUGUGUGCCUGUCAGCUGCUCCUGGUGCUAGUACGAGGAAGUUGAUGUUUGUGGACUACGGGAAUGUUGAGGAUGUUGAAGUUACAGACAUUCGCAAGAUGGACCCCCAGUUUAUAAAACUGCCAGUGCUUGUAGAGAAAUGCAACAUUAAAGGUGUUGGUGAAAGAAACAAGCUUGUGGAAAAGAUAGUAAAGGAAAAAAUUUUGACUAGUAAGCUCUAUGACAUCAAGAUUACUAAACAUUUGCCUACUCAUUAUGAGGUAGAAAUUGGGCUGGUUACAGCAGCAUUACAAGCUGAAGGUAUUUAUGUUGAAGGAAUUUGAUUCUACAUGCUUCUGAAGAACUGCAUUGUCAUCUUAUACAGAAACAUCUUGUAACUUUUUUUUAUUUUAGGUCCAGAUUAGGGGCUGGAAAAAUUCACAAAUUGCAAUAGAUGCAAUUUUAUUUGGCAAAUUUCCACCUUUGAUAUUUUUUUUGCAAGUUUGUUUUUAAAUUUUUUCCCCUCUCAUUUUUAAGAUAUAUACUAUCUUUAGCAAAAAUAUAUUUAAAUUUUGUUCAUUUGUUAAACACACCUUCAUUAAUUUAUUAUAAAACUGCUUUAAUUUUAAUAAAAUCCUUUUCAAAAUCAUGUUUCAAAAUGCAUCUUUGCAGACUUUUGAUGGAACAACCCUGUUUUUUUUACACAUUUUAAAACCUCAUGCACUUCUCAGUUAAAUAAAUAAAUUUUUACUAUCUAUUGUACGUACUUUGUGGAUUGUCUGCCACAUACAGGUAUAUAUAAUUCAAUUUCUUUACAUAAAUUUGUCACUUUUAGACUUAUCUGUUUGUCAUUAUCACUUUUUCCAUGUUGCAAUUGUUCAGUAAUGAUUUUCUAUUCAAUUUUUUUUCUGAAUUGCAAUUUAUGUGCUUCCGUGUAACAGUGAUACAUGCUUUUAUAAACUGGGAUCACAUAUUCAAGGAAUUUCAUUGUUUUUACUAUGGUAUUUUCCCACACUGUUCGGCAGUGUAGAAUGCUUGAUGAUAUAUAAUGCCUGUUAGCGUAUUUCAAUACCAAUUUUGAAGUAAAAAAAAGCAAUUCAAUUUUUGUCCAUUUUUUCCCCCCCAAUACAAACCAAAUAUAAGUGUUAUUCUUAAGUAUUUUUAUGCUUAUAUAUUUACUUAAACCAUCUAGAACAUUAAUAUUAAGUUUAAAAUGUGUUUCAUGAAACUGCUAAUGACAAUAUUAGAUGCUAAUUUUUCCAGCCUCUACUCAUAAUUUCUUUCAUGAAAUAUUUGUACAGUACAUUCUAACUUCUACGCGAACUUUGUCAACAGCUAGGCUGAACUUGAUGCUUUAACUUAGAGCCAUAAUAUCCAAAGCAGCAAAAAACAAAAAACAAAAAAGUGUUGGGCAUAUGUUUGAAGUUUAUUAUUUUAGUAUUCAAAGACUUACUGUAUAUGUUAUAUAGUAGUGUCCAAAAAAUAUGUUUUAGCAUUAGAUUAUAGUGUACACCAGCCCCUCGAAGUAACGCUCUAAUUCGUUCCAGGAAAAUAGAGCGCUAAUCAAAUACGUUUUUGCCAUAAGAGUGCAUGUUAUUCAUAAUAAUUGGUUCUCCAGCCACUGAAAUCCGUUUGUUUACUAUUCCUUAUAUGACAUUUAUUUCGUUUAAAUAUACGUAUUUACAUACUGUUAACACAUCUAAAUACAAUUUAAGAAAAAUAUAAAUGUAUAAAUUGCACUUAAAGUUCAAAUAACCUAAAAUAAUACUAUAUUUAAAUAACAGGCGGCAUAAUGAACUGUACAUAGCCUACUAACCUCAUAUUUCCUUACGAAGCAUGUGUAUAUGUCACAUUUUUAGUUAAAAAUAAUAGUAUUUUUAACAUAUAAGCUCUGUUUUAAUGUUUAAGAAUAUAGAAGAAUAAAUUUUACGUUUACUAUUAACAAAAUGCUAUCUUAAAACAAUAGCGUAAAUAAGGGUAUAAAAGGACUAGGAGUCAGUGCAGUCUGUCAUGCAAGAUGUGAACUAGCCUCUAAAGCUUCUGGCAUUUCCCACUAGAGCUGCUACUGAGUUGCAAGACGGCGUAGUAUGUAUAAACAUUAGCUAAACACACACGUAGGCGUCGGAAAAUGUAUUUACGAAAUAUUAUUUACUGUGCAAUUUUAAUUAGGCUUUAAAAAUAUGUGAUGGAAGCGAAUAACUAUGACAUAAAAAAGUAAUAUCUUUUUUUGAUUCGUCAUAAUGAUUAUGUUACACAAGUGCUGUCUUAUUUUUAAUUUGUUGCAUUUUGUUUGUUACAUUGUGCACGUAUGAAAAUAAAAUUAAUUAUGUGGACGAGAAAGAGCGCUACUUCGAAUAUAUGACCGCACUACUUCAAAUCAUGCCCUAAUUAAUUGGCGUCGUUACUUCAAAACAGCGCUAAUCGAACAGCGUUACUUCGAGGGGCUGGUGUACUUAAAUACUUUCAGCAUUUUAAUGGGAAAAUUAUGUAUAAAUAAUUAAAAUAUAAAUAGUUCUUGGUUGUGAAGAUUAUGAAACAGUUUUUACUUUAAAUUAUUGUUUCUAAUAAUUUUAAAAGUCAUUUAUGUGCAGUCAUUGACUCAUUUUGGUGGAUUUCAGUUACAUAUGUUGAGAGUGAAGGUGUGAAUUUAAUAUGUUAUUAAAAAGCGGUAGAAGUGUUCUUUGUCUACUCAGCAAUACAAUGGACAUGAGCAAGUGAUUAAGUUGUGGUUUUUUUUUUUUUUUUGACAUUGCUCAAAGCAGGAAUAUCUGUAGUGGAUGAAAUCUUUCUGUUACCCAUAGAGACAGCAAACUUUCACGUAUGGCAUGCAGCGGGCCUGCGUUAGAUGGUAUGCCUGGCGGUUUUCUCGAGAGUAUUCAACUCUCUGUGUAGCUUCAGGCGUUGGAAGAAUGCAGAGUGAUCCUGUUAAGUUGAACAAGUUGCAAGCAGUGGCUUCUCUCCAGUGUCGUGAACACGUACUGUCUGGCUCGGUAGCAUGUUCAACUCCAAUCAAAACUUGAUCAUUCAGCAGGAAUGAUGGAAGUUUUCCAGCGUUGUCAAAGCGCUGGUGAUUCAGUCAAUGUUCCUCCCCAAUGUGGCUCAGCAGAGAGUUUUGCUCCAGUCAAAACUUGAUCAUUUUGCAGGAACAAAGGAAGCUUUCCAGCUUUGUCAAAACGCUGGUGAUUUAGUCAAUGUUUCUCCCCAAUGUGGCUCAGCAGAGAGUUUUGCUCCAGUCAAAACUUGAUUAUGUAUUCAGAAUGCCCCACUCGUAUGAGUUUUGGCCAGUGUUGUUAAGGACAUAGUGUUACACCACAACAGAUUUUGUGUGUUAGUUGGGAAUUUUAAGUUGGGCACAAAGGAAUGAACUGUAAACAAGGUGUAAUUUUUAUUUACCUUUUUGAUAUUCAAAGUUUUUAAAAAUUAAUUUUUCACUUUAUAGUUGCUACACAAAAUUUGAGUGGAAAGUUUUCUAACAAAGUUAUCAGUGAAACAUUUACAUAGUGUUUCAAUACGUUGUCAUUAUUGACUGAAGUAUUUAAUCCAAGCAAGAUAAAGCCUUUUUCUGUCAGGCAGUGUUGCUACACACUUGUGGUGUUAUUUUUAUUUUUUAUUUUUUUAAAUUGAAAUCAUUAUUGGUUCUUUUUGUGGGUAAAGCAUUAAAAAUUUAUUGUUGAUUUCAUUUGAGAAGCUUACAAUUUUAAAAAUUUGUGACCAAUUAUUUUUUUAAAUUGCAACUUGUCCCAAAGAGCUGAAAGCUCAUGCUGGGGGACUAUACAUACAAUGUACAAUGUAUAUACAACAACAACAACAACAACAACAUACACAUGUAUCCGUAUGGUUAUCAAUAUCAAAAUAGCCUAUACACAUACAUUAUUACGUUUUACCACACAUGUAAAAUACUAAUAACAGUAAUAUCUAUGAUUAUUACAAACAUUUUCAGGGUUUCAUAAAAUUUAAAGUAAUAUUUAGCGGUAAUAGUCAUAAGAAGUUACAAUAGAAAUAACACAUAUCAUACUCAAAAAUAUUAAUUAUUAAUAGAACCCUUUCUCUGUCUUUUUUUAUAUUUUAUUAUUAUUAAACUAAUUAAUUCUUAAGUUUUUGUUUUUUAUCUUAAUCAUUAGUCACUAUUGCCGUUAAUGUUUACAGCAAGUAGAUGAUCUCUUUUUUUUUUUUAAACUGAGGCAUAUGAUGUUUUUUUUAUUGAAGCUUUUAGAUACUUCAUUAUAAAUCUUAACUAGGUUGUUUCUGACACUAUUAGUACCAAAAGAUGAUGUAUUACAUUGCACUAUAUGUAAUUUACUCUCUCCUCUCAUUUGAUAGUUAUGUACCUCCGAAUUCAGCGUGAACAGUGUAUUUAAUGACGUAAGACCAUUAAAAUGUUUAUAUAGGAUAAUAAUAGAUGAGUAUUUUCGGAGGUCUUUUAGCUGCAGUAUGUCAGUUUCGCUAUAAAGUUUGAUUGUUGGAGUAAGGUAGUCAUACCCAUACAAAAUCCUAAUAGCUCUAUUUUGCAAUACUUCCAACUCAUGCAGAUUUAUUUUGUUGCACCACCCCCAGAUUACUAACAUGUAUCUAAGUUGUGAUUAUAUGAGGGAGCUAUAAAUAGCUUUCAGUAACUUUGGAGAUAUCUUGCCUCUUAACCUGUGCAUUAUUCCAAUAAUUGGUGUUAUUUUGCCCUUAUUUUUACUAAUAUGUUUCUCCCAUGUGAGUUUGGAAUCAAUGACCAGUCCAAGAAAUGUUGAUGAUACUUGUUCAAGUAUGCAGUCAUUAUAAGUUAUAUUUAUGUUAUUUUUUAUAUCUUUGUUACUUACUUCAUUAAAAAUCAUAUAGUUUGUUAUGUUAGUAUUCACUGUUAACUUGUUUUCCUGCAAAAUAUUCAGAUUAUAUUGUAUAAUUUGUUUUAUAUCUACAUCAGGCUCUGCAGUAUAAAAGAUACUUGUAUCAUCUGCAAAUAUGGACAUUUUUCCCUUCACUGGAAGUUUCCCGAUAUCAUUAAUAAACAUAAUAAAAAUAAUUGGUCCUAGUACUGAUCCCUGAGGUACCCCAAUUUUAAUUGGUUUGGCCUUACUAAGAUGAUUAUUGCAGUCAACAUAUUGUUCUCUGUUUUCCAGAUAAGUUUGAAGCCACAUAAGUGCUUUAUUGGUUAUACCGGCAAGUUGGAAUUUCUUUAUAAGCAAUUCAAGAUCCACAGUGUCAAAGGCCUUUUUCAAGUCUAGAAACAGUCCUGCUGCCUGUUUUUUUUGUCUAUGGCUUUUUGUAAGUUAAUGAUGUCAACUAAUUUUUUUUUAUUUUUUUUUUUUAAAGAAAACCUUAUUGAUGAGUAUAGAAAUAUUUAUUUUUGUUAAGGAAUGCGAUAAGUCUGUUCUUGACAAUUUUUUCAAUUAUUUUACUAACUGGUGAUAGUAUAGAAAUGGGUCUAUAAUUGCCAGGGUCACUUUUACUUCCCACCUUGUAAAUGGGUACUACACACGCCAAUUAGAAUUUUGUUGGUACUAUACCAGUGGAGAAUGAAAGGUUGAUAAUAUUUUUACAUUUUUUGAUAAGUAUAUUAUGUACCUACUUAUCCCAUCACAAUCUGGUGUGUCUUUUGGCUUAAGCUCAUUUAUAAUUUUAUUUACUUCCGCAUCAUUAGUUGACAUUAUUUCAUGUAAAUCUAAAUCAGAGUUCUGGUUUGUAAUAGUUGUUGGUUCAGUGGGCCUACUUUGUAUUUUUAUGGUUUUUAUAGCUGAGGCAAUAUCAACUGCUACAUUAACAAAGUAGUCAUUGAAAACCUCAGCUGUAUCUUUAUUAGUUAGAAUUGUAUUGUUAAUAGCAAGAUUUAUUUCCUGGUUCUUAAUACUUUUAUAAUUAGAUAUUAUUUUAUCUAUCUCCCUCCAUUUAUUUUAUAGCUUCUUUCUUCAAUUUUUUUUUGGUGUAAUAUUCUGAUUUUAAUUUACAUUUUAGACUUUUUACUUUAUUACAAUACACUUUAUAGAGAAAUGUGGUUUGAUUAUUAACAUAAAUCCUUUUAGUUUUUGCCCAGAGCCUUUCUUUGCAAAUAAUUAGGUGCUGUAACUCUUUUGUCAUCCAGGGAUACAUUAGUCCCUUUGUUGAUUUACUACUAUGUGUACUUUUUACUAUAUUCUUAUAUUCAUUAAUAUGAUUCACUAAUUUAUUAUAUUGGUCAUCAGGAUCAUUUCCCCUGAGGAUAAUUGGAUUUUCCAUAAGUAUAUUAAGCUUAUUAUAGUUAAUUUUGCAGGUCCUACUCUUAAUCAAGUGCUUUGAUUUUGCUUUAUAGGUUGGUAUUUCCCUUGUAAAAUCUACUAAUAUUAAUUUGUGAUCUGAUAAUGAGCUAUCAAUAAUUGCCAUAUUAUAUAACAUUUCAUGAUUAUUGCAGUAAAUGGGAUCUAUGAGGGAGGUUGUGUAAUUUGUUGGUAAUGUUUCGUUACAUAAAUAGUACAGUGCCUAACAAAAGUUUAAGACCACCUUUAACUUUGGUUUUUUUUUGUUACUGAGAACAAAAUAAUUCUAGUAUUAAUACAAUAAUUGCUUAAAUGGUAUAUAUAAAUGUAAGUUAACUAUUUGAAUAUAUAUUUAUUAUUUUCGAAACGAUCAACAGCUAAUAUUUUGGCUUUUACCCGUUACAUGCAAUAAGAGUUGAAAUUGAAAAAUCAUUUGGUAAAAAAAAUUAAAAAUUAAAUCCCACACUUGAAAUAUUACCUAUAAUCCAACAUUUAAAAGAUUAUUUAUAGUAUUUAUACAGAUUUUGAGGGAACAUUAGUAAAAUAUAUGGAGUUAACAUAAAAUUGGCUAAGGGAAUUAAAAUUCUCAUAUCAUUUGCUACAACUUAAAAUUAAAUUUUAAUUGUCACUGAGGUAUUACUGUAUCGUCUAUUUAAUAAUCAACAGGACCUCCCUUGUUUUUUAAGCACAUUCGGACACGUUUAAUACGCAUGCUCUGGACCAAUUUCUUGCACUCCUGAGGUGUAAUUUCGUUCCAAACCUCUGAUAUCUUCUCUCGAAGUUCAUGGAUACUCCUUGGCUUGCGAGCAGCAACCCGAAGACCUAUGACAUUCCAUAAAUUUUUUAUUGUGUUUAAAUCCGGACUUCUAGCAGGCCAGUCCAACAGUGAAAUCCCUUUUUCUUCAAACCAUUCUAUUGUUGCUGCAGAUUUGUGACAUGGAGCAUUACAUAUCUUGUUGGAAAAUGAAAUACCCACCGUGAAGCUUUUGGGCAGAUGGAAUCAUAUUCUCCUGCAUAGUUUCUAUGUAUUUUUGCGAAUCCAUUGUCCCAUCAAUGAAUCUUAAUAUUCCAAUACCUUCUGAUGACAUGCAACCCCAGAUCAUGACUGAACCACGUCCUCCCUGGACAGCUGGUUCAGUAUUUUUUACUUUCUUUCCGCAUACCGUGCACAUAUUUAAGUUGCUAUCCGCCAUUGUGUGCACUGUAAUUUUGCACGUACCUUUAAAAAAUAUUUCUGUUUAUUGGCUUAUUUCGUGCCUAAAUAUCAAAUUAAGUUUUUCACUUAUGAUGUUGAUAAUGUUCAAUUGAAUGUUAGAAUGUUCUGUGCAUUUUUCUUUAUAUUUUGUAUGAGCAUGUUUUUGUGUUACAUGUAUGUUUAGAAAUAAUGUUAAAUUGAGGUUUAACUGUAAUUGGUAAAAUUACUUUCAUGAAAAAUGUAGAAGAGUAAUUGAUCAUGUUUUAUGAAAUUAGAGUAUGUGUAUUUCCUGAUGUUAUUUAAAGAAAAGUUAUUUUCUGG